UCUCCGGGUCUACUUUCCACGGACAUCAGUAGGGAGAAGGCUGGUGAAGUAUCACCAAAGGCUGGAUUUUAACAAUUUCUGCGAAUAAAAAUAAACCUUUUGAAUUUAAAAGAGGUACAGCUUGCCAAACGUUGCCUUGCCACGUAUGGCUGGAUGCCCUUUCCUCUUUUUAAAAAAAAGAAGCUAUUUUAGGAUAUUAUGAUAGCAAGUUAAUUGAUUCGUGUCAAAAGAGCUAUCAACUGUAGGACAUUUUUUUCUCAUCUCGUUGUCAGACGACUGUUUUCCCGCACUGUCCCCGCCUUAAAGCCAGUUAUUCUGGUCGAAAUCAGCCGAUUAGCGUUUCAUCUUCUGAGGAGACCCGACUGACGGCACCGAAAUGGGGUAUGGACGGUCGGACAGCUACCGUGUGGCCACCACGCAGGACAAGGAUGAGAAGGAGUCGCCCAAAAAGAAGGGAGGCAAGGAUCUGGAUGAUCUCAAAAAGGAAGUUCCCAUAACGGAACACAAAAUGUCUGUUGAGGAAGUUUGCCGGAAAUACGCCACUGAUAUCGUCCAGGGUUUGACCAAUGCCAAGGCAAUAGAGUACCUGGCCAGGGACGGCCCCAACGCCCUGACUCCUCCCCCCACCACCCCAGAGUGGGUCAAGUUCUGUCGCCAGCUUUUUGGGGGCUUCUCCAUCCUGCUGUGGAUCGGGGCCCUCCUCUGCUUCCUGGCCUACGCCAUCCAGGCUGCCACGGAGGACGAGCCUGCUGGGGAUAACCUGUACCUGGGUAUCGUGCUAUCAGCUGUCGUCAUCAUCACCGGCUGCUUCUCCUACUUCCAAGAAGCCAAGAGCUCCAAGAUCAUGGAGUCCUUUAAGAACAUGGUCCCUCAGCAAGCCCUGGUGAUCCGUGAGGGUGAGAAGAUGCAGAUUAAUGCUGAGCAGGUGGUGGCAGGAGACCUGGUGGAGGUGAAAGGAGGAGACAGGAUCCCUGCUGACCUCCGCAUCAUCUCCUCCCACGGCUGCAAGGUUGACAACUCAUCCCUGACCGGUGAAUCCGAGCCUCAGACCAGGUCACCUGACUGCACCCAUGACAACCCCCUGGAAACCCGUAACAUCGCCUUCUUCUCCACCAACUGUGUCGAGGGAACGGCACGCGGCAUCGUUGUGUGCACUGGAGAUCGUACAGUGAUGGGCCGCAUCGCCACCCUCACCUCAGGCCUGGAGACUGGCAAGACACCCAUCGCUAAGGAGAUCGAGCACUUCAUCCAAAUCAUCACAGGCGUGGCCGUCUUCCUCGGCGUGUCUUUCUUCAUCCUGUCAAUCGUCCUGGGUUACUCCUGGCUGGAGGCCGUCAUCUUCCUCAUCGGUAUCAUUGUUGCUAAUGUGCCAGAGGGACUGCUGGCCACCGUCACUGUGUGCCUGACGCUGACCGCUAAGCGUAUGGCUCGUAAGAACUGCCUGGUAAAGAACCUGGAGGCUGUGGAGACCCUAGGCUCCACCUCAACCAUCUGCUCCGACAAGACAGGCACCCUGACUCAGAACAGGAUGACGGUGGCCCACAUGUGGUUCGACAACACCAUCCACGAGGCUGACACCACCGAGGACCAAUCUGGCUGCUCCUUCGACAAAAGCUCCACCACAUGGGUUUCUUUGGCCCGUGUAGCCGCUCUGUGCAACCGUGCUGUGUUCAAGGCUGCCCAGGACACUCUUCCCAUCCUGAAGCGCGACGUAGCCGGCGAUGCCUCUGAGUCCGCCCUGCUCAAGUGUAUCGAGCUGUCCUGCGGCUCCGUCAAAGCCAUGAGGGAGAAGAACAAGAAGGUGGCCGAGAUCCCCUUCAACUCCACCAACAAGUACCAGCUCUCAAUCCAUGAAACUGAAGAGGGAAACGAGAACAGUUACCUGUUGGUGAUGAAGGGAGCACCAGAGAGGAUACUCGACCGCAGCUCUCAUAUCAUGGUGCAGGGCAAGGAGCAGCCCAUGGACGAGGAGAUGAAAGAGGCUUUCCAGAAUGCCUACCUGGAACUGGGAGGACUGGGAGAGAGAGUACUGGGUUUCUGCCACGUGUUCCUGCCAGAGGACAAGUAUCCAAAAGGUUUCGCCUUUGACACGGAUGACGUCAACUUCGAGACGGACAACCUCUGCUUCGUCGGCCUCAUGUCCAUGAUCGACCCUCCCCGUGCAGCUGUGCCUGACGCCGUGGGCAAAUGCCGCUCGGCUGGCAUCAAGGUGAUCAUGGUGACUGGUGACCACCCAAUCACAGCUAAGGCCAUUGCUAAGGGCGUAGGCAUCAUCUCGGAGGGCAAUGAGACCGUGGAAGACAUUGCAGCACGCCUCAACAUCCCUGUCAGCCAGGUCAACCCACGGGAUGCCAAGGCCUGUGUGAUCCACGGCACAGAUCUGAAAGACCUCAGUCAGGACCAGAUGGACGAUAUUUUGAGGAACCACACAGAGAUCGUGUUUGCCAGAACCUCCCCACAGCAGAAACUCAUCAUUGUAGAAGGCUGCCAGAGACUGGGUGCCAUCGUGGCUGUGACAGGUGACGGUGUGAACGACUCUCCUGCCCUGAAGAAGGCUGACAUUGGUGUUGCAAUGGGAAUCUCCGGCUCCGAUGUGUCCAAACAGGCAGCCGACAUGAUCCUGCUGGAUGACAACUUUGCCUCCAUCGUCACUGGAGUGGAAGAAGGUCGUCUGAUCUUUGACAACCUGAAGAAGUCCAUCGCGUACACCCUGACCAGCAACAUCCCAGAGAUCACCCCCUUCCUCUUCUUCAUCUUGGUCAACAUCCCCCUGCCUCUGGGCACCAUCACCAUCCUCUGCAUCGACCUGGGUACUGACAUGGUACCAGCCAUCUCUCUGGCCUAUGAGGCAGCAGAGAGUGACAUCAUGAAACGCCAGCCCAGAAACCCACUGAGGGACAAACUGGUCAAUGAGAGACUCAUCAGCAUCGCCUACGGACAGAUCGGUAUGAUCCAAGCUCUUGGCGGCUUCUUCGCAUAUUUUGUCAUCAUGGCAGAAAAUGGUUUCCGGCCGUACGAUCUUGUCGGCAUCCGGCUCAACUGGGACGAUCGCUCCAACAACGACCUGGAGGACAGCUAUGGGCAGCAAUGGACCUAUGAACAGCGUAAGAUAGUGGAGUUUACUUGCCACACAGCCUUUUUCGUCAGUAUCGUGGUGGUGCAGUGGGCGGACGUCAUCAUCUGCAAGACCAGACGCAACUCUGUGUUCCAGCAGGGCAUGAGGAACAAGAUUCUGAUCUUCGGCCUGUUUGAGGAGACGGCCCUGGCUGCUCUCCUGUCUUACUGCCCAGGCAUGGACGUGGCACUACGGAUGUACCCGCUCAAGCCCAGCUGGUGGUUCUGUGCGUUCCCGUACAGUUUCCUCAUCUUUGUUUACGAUGAGAUCCGAAAACUCAUCCUUCGCCGAAACCCGGGAGGCUGGGUGGAAAAAGAGACAUACUACUAAAUUAUCAAAACAUCAUUUACUUCUCCCCUUGCUCCGACCCUUCUUCUCGUUCUCCCUCUCUUCCCUCCUUCCCUCUCUUCCCUCCUUCCCUUCCCUUCCCCUGUCAACAACUGUUCAAGAAAAUAACCUUUACUCUUCCUCCUCUCCAUCAUCAUCCCUUAAAGUUUGAAAAGAAUGGACCAACAUCGGAGGAGAAGAGGGUUAGGGUCCGUCCCUGUCCUCUCUGUCCUCCUUUUUUAUCCAAAGUCUAAGCAGCACACGUCUGCCAGUAACACUGUUGUGCCAAUCUUUACUGUGAGCUGCAGCCCCUCUGCAUCAUGUCCUUUAACUGAAUAAAAAAUAUGACACAACUGGAGAUUAGAGCAGGUGGGUGGUGUCUCUUUUGUUUUUCUGCCAGAGAGAAACCACCCAGAUCCCGCUCCUAAAUCACUGCCAUUGGCCCUCCUCUCCUCUCUUUCUAUUUCUACGUACGCACUGCCAAUCUACUACUGCCGUUCUCCCUCCUCCUCAUCCUCCUGCCCAUCAAUAAAGAAUCAACCUCACUAUAAACCUUCACUCAACCCCUCAACAAGGUGGAAAAAAAGGUAUUUUCCUCUGCCCCCCUUCUCUGUCUCUCCCCCCCUCCCCCCAUGUGUUAUUUGUUGUUGUUUCUAUUAGAGCACUGGGUGUUUUUUAAGAAAUUGUUUGUGAAUGUUUUUAUUUUUAUUUUGGGGUUGGGUCUGACAGCUGCUUGUUUUCAUUCAGACAUGACAAAGCACACUGUCUCUCCCUCUCUUCUCCCCCCCCCCCCCCCUCCUCUCCCUGCCUGUUUAUCUGUCCCUGUUUCUCUGUCUGUUGGUGAACAUCGUGCAAACCCUCCGGUCCUUGUCAACCUCCACCCACUUUGAAUACCUGCCUCCUCUUAUUCUCCCGCCUUUCCUCGCCCCUGCCCGCACCCCCUCUCUUUCCCCAAACCCCACCCAACCUCACCCCUGUUAAAAAUUACAAUCUUACUGUGUCCUCGGAAAAAGAGAUUUCUCUCAGAUUUCAUUAUUUAAAUCAGUGGAAAUAUGGAAUAAUGUAACUUAACUUGCGAUACAGCAGCAAAAACUAAACAAAUAUAAUGAAAUCAAAUAGAAGGAUCUCUCUUUUUCAGCUUGGUCUCAAGUUUGUUUUUGUGUGGAGUUUUGUCAGAAAAUGGAAAUAAAUGCUGUG